GACAUGAAGAGCUCCCUAACCAAAGAUUCUGAGCUGUGCAAAAGGACUAUUUAAGAGAAGCUAUCAAAAGUAAAUGUGGGAAGAGAUAUUUAAGUCUGGAUACUUGGAUUUAUGUUCAUCUAUUUGUUCUCUGCAUGAUUCUUAACAAAUCACCUACUCUCUCAGUCUCAGUAUCCUCAUCUGUUAAAAUAGGAAAAUCAUACUUCAAAGGUUGCAUGAAGGCUAAAUGAUAUAAUGUAUGGAAAGCACUAAGUAAAUGUCUUUUAUUGGUUAAUUCUAAAAAUAAUUAUUGAGACCUACCAUGGGCUGGCUACUGUCCUAAGUCCCUGUUCUUGUGGAGUUUUUGAUUUAUUGAGAAGAUAGAUGUUAUUCAAAUAAUCACAAGAAACGUACCUCUAAUUAGAAGCACAGCUUUGAUAGAAAGGUGCAUAGUUCUUUGAGAACGUAUGACAAAGAAGCCUGCCUUUAACCAGAAGUUCAAGAAAGCACCUAGGCUGAGAUUUGAGGGAUAUGCAAGAGUUAGGUAGGAUUAAGGGACUGUUUACAUAAUAUACAUUCCUCACCUGCUGGAAUCCUACUGCGGUAAGGAGCAGCUGCCAGGAGUUGCAGAAUGAACAUGUACCGGCAGCAAAGCCGAGCAAGUGGAUAAGAGGGUGAGGAUGAGGAGAGGCACACCGCAAUUACCGCUUCAAGCAAAAACGCGUCUGAGAUGCCUUUGGUUACCAGAAGGCUCUGCGUCUUUCCACGGAUGGAGGUUGAUCCCGCCAACAAGGUUAUCAUCUUUACAUUGGGAACAGCUUUAAAGAGCUCAUCUGUGUCCAUCUGCGAAUAGCAGUAUAAGCCUGGGUUUCUCUGUUUGAAGAACAUAAGGACAUUCCUCACGGCCUGUUGUGAGACAUUUGGAAUGAGAAAGAGUGAACUGUUCGAGGCAUUUGACCUGUUUGAUGUCCGUGACUUCGGAAAGGUAAUAGAAACGUUAUCGCGACUUUCUCGCACACCUAUAGCGUUGGCCACAGGAAUCAGGCCCUUCCCGACAGAAGAAAGCAUUAAUGAUGAUGACAUCUACAAAGGCCUGCCUGAUUUAAUAGAUGAAACCCACGUGGACGAUGAAGAGGGUCUGUAUGACUGUGUGUAUGGGGAGGAUGAAGGUGGCGAGGUGUAUGAGGACCUGAUGAAGGCGGAGGAAGCACAGCAGUCGAAAUGUCCAGAAAAUGAUAUACGAAGUUGCUGCCUAGCAGAAAUUAAACAGACAGAAGAAAAAUAUACAGAAACACUGGAGUCAAUAGAAAAAUAUUUCAUGGCACCAUUGAAAAGAUUUCUGACAGCAGCAGAAUUUGAUUCAGUAUUCAUCAACAUUCCUGAACUUGUGAAAGUUCAUCGGAACCUAGUGCAAGAGAUUCAUGAUUCCAUUGUGAAUAAAAAUGACCAGAACUUGUAUCAAGUUUUCAUUAACUACAAGGAAAGGUUGGUUAUUUACGGGCAGUACUGCAGUGGAGUGGAGUCGGCCAUCUCUAGUUUAGACUACAUUUCUAAGACAAAAGAAGAUGUCAGACUGAAAUUAGAGGAAUGUUCUAAAAGAGCAAACAAUGGGAAAUUUACUCUUCGAGAUUUGCUUGUGGUUCCUAUGCAGCGUGUUCUGAAGUAUCACCUUCUCCUUCAGGAGCUGGUCAAACAUACCACUGAUCCUAUGGAGAAGGCAAAUCUGAAACUGGCUCUUGAUGCAAUGAAGGACUUGGCACAAUAUGUGAAUGAAGUGAAAAGAGAUAAUGAGACCCUUCGUGAAAUUAAACAGUUUCAGCUAUCUAUAGAAAAUUUGAACCAACCUGUUUUGCUUUUUGGACGACCUCAGGGAGAUGGUGAAAUUCGAAUAACCACUCUAGACAAACAUACAAAACAAGAAAGGCAUAUCUUCUUAUUUGAUUUGGCAGUGAUUGUAUGUAAAAGGAAAGGUGAUAACUAUGAAAUGAAGGAAAUAAUAGAUCUUCAGCAGUACAAAAUAGCCAACAAUCCUACAACUGAUAAAGAAAAUAAAAAGUGGUCUUAUGGCUUCUACCUCAUCCAUAUCCAAGGACAAAAUGGGUUAGAAUUUUAUUGCAAAACAAAAGAUUUAAAGAAAAAAUGGCUGGAACAGUUUGAAAUGGCUUUAUCCAACAUAAGGCCAGACUAUGCAGACUCCAACUUCCAUGAGUUCAAGAUGCACACCUUCACCCGGGUUACAUCCUGCAGAGUCUGCCAGAUGCUCCUGAGAGGAACAUUUUUUCAAGGUUAUUUAUGUGUUAAGUGUGGUGCCAGAGCACACAAAGAAUGUUUGGGAAGAGUAGACAAUUGCAGCAGAGUUAAUUCCGCUGAACAAGGGACGCUCAAACCAUCCGAGAAACGGACCAAUGGACUCCGAAGAACCCAUAGACCGGUGGAUCCAGGUUUACCAAAGAUGCAGGCUAUUAGGAGCUACAGUGGAACGCCGCCCCCUGCUCUUCAUGAAGGACCCCCAUUACACAUUCAGGCAGGGGAUACAGUUGAACUUCUGAGAGGAGAUGCACACAGUCUGUUUUGGCAGGGUAGAAAUUUAACAUCUGGAGAGGUUGGAUUUUUUCCGAGUGAUGCUGUCAAGCCUUGCCCAUGUGUGCCCAAACCAGUAGAUUAUUCUUGCCAACCCUGGUAUGCUGGAGCCAUGGAAAGACUGCAGGCAGAGACUGAACUUAUUAACAGGGUAAACAGUACUUACCUUGUGAGACACAGGACCAGAGAGUCAGGAGAAUACGCAAUUAGCAUUAAGUACAAUAAUGAAGCAAAGCACAUCAAGAUUUUAACAAGAGAUGGCUUUUUUCACAUUGCGGAAAAUAGAAAGUUUAAAAGUUUAAUGGAACUUGUGGAGUACUACAAGCAUCAUUCUCUUAAAGAAGGAUUCAGAACCUUGGAUACAACUCUGCAGUUUCCAUACAAGGAGCCAGAACAUUCAACUGGACAGAGGGGUAAUAGAGCAGGCAUCAGCUUGUUAAGUCCAAAGGUGCUGGGCAUCGCUAUUGCUCGGUAUGACUUCUGUGCCAGAGAUAUGCGAGAACUGUCCCUGCUGAAAGGAGAUGUGGUGAAGAUUUACACGAAGAUGAGUGCGAACGGCUGGUGGAGAGGAGAAGUAAACGGCAGGGUGGGCUGGUUCCCAUCCACGUAUGUGGAAGAGGACGAAUAACUUCCAGUCCAGCGUUGCACUGCGCCAGGAAUUUCAGAGAAGGGAUUAACAGCAGCCUGUACAGCAUUAUGAAUUCACUCAAGUGUUUAAAAAGCUGCCUUUCUGGCUAUUCAACAUCUUCCCUCUCUUUCCCCUCCUAAGUCUUAAUGCUGGGAUUUCUAAAGAUGCUGGUACUGACAGAUUAAUGGCUCGCCUAGAGCUAUGCAAGAAACAGCCUGCCCGUCAUCGUCAGGGACCAGGGCAAAGCCAAAAGCUUUCUUCCCCCAGAAAGCCCUGAAAGCACAUUGGUUCAUGUUUCUUUCUAUUUCUCCAGUCAGACGUCAUGAAUGCCAGCCAUUAGUAAAUGUUUAAUGUGUAUUUACUUUCUUCUCCUGUGCCAUUCUCCAGAAUUUUUGAUGGUACAAAGAAGCAGAAGUUUAAUUUUGCUUUCUUCAGCAUGAAGAAAAAUGGGAGUUCUGCCAGUGGGGCAGCUUACUGAAAAGGUCCAGCAUUACUUGUCUUAAAUUGCCCGGCAAGGUGACUCAUUGCCUGGCAAACACUUUUACCCACCGCCCCCCCCCCACUACCACCGGUGUUCCUCAUGUGAAAGUUUAAGAGGCAAAUGCUCAACUUGGCUUUAGUAAGUGACAUGUGGGAGGGAGGAGUCAAUUAUUCAUUUGAAAAUAUAAUCUUGAUUAUAUUUGCAAACUUUUUCAUAAGAAGACAUACCCCCAAAAGUGGAUAAAAGAGUAUCUUCAUGUUAAAUCUUUACAACCUUCAUGAUUUCAUAGGGUUAUUUUAGAAAAUGUAGUACUUCACUUUAUGAGAUAAUCUUGGCUGGGUAUGUUUUUUUAGGUAGUUACAAGUAACCUGAGUUAAGGUGCCAUUGUUUACAUAAACAGACCAACGACUAUGAUUUAUAGUAAGUCAUUUCAGAGAAGCAACAUUAUUAACAUAUGCCUUUUCCUCCUCCCCGACUCCCCUGCCCAAAUGAAAAAGACCUGGGACAUACAUGCUGAUUCCCACAUUUUCCUGAUGUAUUUAUAGUAGCACAAACAACCUCGUUGAGGAUUUCUGAAGGAAAGCACAUUAAGGUCCUUUAUGCAUUUCGGGGACAUAAAGGAGAGUCACUAGACUUUUCCGUUUCUGAUCUUAUCCACUGUGGGCUCCCAGCACUCACUGAGGCUCUUCCCAUCUGAGUCCAUUUCUGGGUGUGUAUUAACUGGUGGGAAGAUAAGUCUGCAGUGCAUUUAUUUGACCAAGUCUUCACUGUUUAUAUGAGGAGUCUAAGUACAUUUUUCCUGGGAUGUACAGAGUGCCCAGUCAAGAGAAUCAAGUUAAGACACUAACUUGGCCCUUUCCUGAUGAAAUAUUUUCUCCAUAGCAAAAGUCAUGUUCUGACAAGACUCAGUGUCUACAGAAAACAUUAGAAGCAUUAACUGCAUAGAGCCAAAUUAGGAACAUUUAGUUCUGAAAUCUUGGAUCAUCUUUAAAAUGAGGUGGGUGCGAUUGGCCUUCUCCCCAACCCACUGAGGGCCAGAACUUGAUAUUUGGUGGAUACUUCUCCCUUUAGAGACCCUCGUGGGCUAGGACUUCUCAAAUAGGAUAGAUUCAGGACCUUUACCUCAGAAUUAUGUAAACUGUGAUUGUGUUUUAGAAAAGUUACUUGCUAAAACCAGUUAAGUUUUUGUAUAUGUGUAAAUGAUCAUGAAAUUGAGUUUUAUAAGAUGUUCUGUAUAGUGAAGUUACACACUCAAGGUGUCUCUUGGAGUGGAUUCUCUCCCAUAAAGUCUUAUCUAUCUGCAACAUUGUGUCUGGGUAAUGUUUUGUCUGUUACUGUCUGCCAACUGUUACCAGAGAGCAGCUUCAUACAAACUGAAACACUCCCGUGUAAAGUACUGUAGCUUGUGCUGUUUGUUUCUUUUGUUGUUUUCUUAGCAAGUAGACUCCCUCUCUUGCUACAUUUCAUGGACCUGGGGGUUUCCCAGCAGAGGAUAUUAGCCUCCCUUUUCAUGACCUUACCAUUUACAUCUUUGUCUAUGUUAAAUACUUCAUAUUGGAAACUUUAAAUGCUGCAGAUUUGUGUAGAUUUCUAAUACCAAAGACAGAAGUAAAUGUUUUCCAUAUACUUUGUCUUGCCUGUAUGCAGCCCUGUGUAAUAUGGUGAAUUAGAGUGGUGUUUCACUUUGUAAUAUUUUGUAAAUAUGUCAAUAUAAUAAAUAGUUACUACUUGCAUUA